GUUAAAUAGUCCGUACUGAGCAUACUCUGCGUUCAUACAAAAUUUAGCUGUAUAUUUGAUUCAUGUGAAUCUAUAUUAGCAAUUGUACUAUAAGUAUAGAGGGAUAAGCACCAUUUCUGUACCAAAGUGAUCUGCCAUUAAAGGAAUAGUUUGAAAGCAGGCAUGGAACAGAGUAGCAGGAUCCUUAUAGUGGGAGGUACAGGAUACAUAGGCAGAAGGAUUGUAAAAGCCAGCAUAGCUCUAGGCCAUCCUACUUUCAUUUUGUUUAGGAAAGAAGUAGUUUCUGAUGUUGAGAAAGUGGAGAUGUUAUUGUCCUUCAAAAAGAAUGGUGCCAAACUGGUGGAGGCUUCAUUUGAUGAUCAAGGAAGCCUUGUAGAUGCUGUGAAGCAGGUUGAUGUUGUGAUAAGUGCAAUUGCAGGAAAUCACAUGCGUCACUACAUCCUUCAACAGCUCAAAUUGGUGGAGGCCAUUAAAGAAGCUGGAAAUAUUAAGAGGUUUGUUCCUUCAGAAUUUGGGAUGGAUCCAGCAUUGAUGGACCAUGCAAUGGCACCUGGAAACAUUGUAUUUAUUGAUAAAUUAAAAGUUCGAGAGGCCAUAGAAGCUGCAGCAAUUCCUCACACUUAUAUCUCUGCCAACAUAUUUGCUGGCUACUUGGUUGGUGGAUUAGCUCAACUUGGUCGUGUAAUGCCUCCUUCGGACAAAGUAUUGCUCUAUGGAGAUGGAAAUGUCAAAGCUGUUUGGGUAGAUGAAGAUGAUGUUGGAACAUACACAAUCAAAGCAAUUGAUGACCCUCACACCUUGAAUAAGACUAUGUAUAUCAGGCCACCUUUGAAUAUUCUUUCCCAGAAGGAAGUGAUAGAAAAAUGGGAAAAAUUAUCAGGAAAGAGCUUGAACAAAACAUAUAUUUCUGUUGAGGAUUUUCUUGCAGGCAUGGAAGAUCAACCAUAUGGAGAGAAGAUUGGAAUAUCACAUUUCUAUCAGAUGUUCUACAAAGGAGAUCUUUAUAAUUUUGAAAUUGGACCUAAUGGAGUAGAAGCUUCCCAACUUUACCCAGAAGUAAAAUACACAACAGUAGAUUCUUAUUUGGAACGCUACCUAUGAAAAUCUUCUUCAUGAACGUAUUUAAAUGUAAUUUAAUGCCUUCCAAAAGUUUUUAUAUUUUGAUAUUAUACUAAAUAAAGAUGCGAGAGUAUCUAUAUAAUAAUAUUAUGCAAUCAUAUUAAAAAUGA